GAGCUCUAUGCCCUUGCCAAUGGUUUUGGACAAUGCCUGCAGCACGUGACCAGCCAUGUAUCAAAUUAUCUACUUCGGGAUCCCAACAUUUGGUCUUCUCCUGAUUCUUUGCCUGCAGUAGGUGACCUUUUUGCCGAACUCCUUCUUACUGAGUUAAACGAUCCUGGAUUGACAGGUGAUCUUCUCUUGGACGCAUAUUCGCCCGAACCCUUGCAAUCCACGAAUUCUGAUCCCUCUGUGCAUAACCCAGUAUCUCGGGAGUCCGAUGAACCUGAUAUACUUUCACGUCGUGAGCUCAUCCUUCCAUUUCUUUGUCCUAUUAAUUUCUUAUUAGCUGUGUCUUAUUUCUUGUAA